AUGGAAUAGAAGCCUAAAUUGACUUUUGGAGAGAUCAACUUUAAAAAUUUGGAAUAGUUCAAAGUCAUUACCUAGAAGACCUUGCCAGUAACGUAUAGUGAAAACUUUUAUAUAAAAAUUCUAACCUAUUCUGACUUUUCUACUCUUGGUAUUUAAAAUUAGUAUUGUGUAGGUUACUAUAAUGAUAUUGCAGUUGGAGCUAUAACAGCAAGGAUAGAGGAAAAGGAUGGUAAAAAGACAGCCUAUAUAAUGACAUUUGGUGUUUUGGAUGCAUACCGUCGUUUGGGAUUUGGCACAUAACUUUUGAAUGAAUUAAUAACUAGAGUUAGAUCUCAUGAAGAGAUAAGAACUAUAUAUUUGCACAUGUGGGUUAGCAAUGAAAUUGGAUUUCAAUUUUAUUCCAGACAUGGGUUUGAGAAAACAACUUAUAAAAAAAAUUAUUAUACAGACAUUGAUCCACCUCAUUGUUACAUUUUAACAAAGCGUCUCUACCCAGAUGUAGACCCUCCAAUUCCAUACACGGAAGAGGAUGCUGAAAAAGUAUAGGAGAUAGCACAAUAAUGA